UUAUCUUGGCGUCUGUUUUGAUUCUCAAAGAAAUUCAUCAUGUUUUUAUGAAGACGCGCUCUCUGGUUACGCAUUGUAGACUCAAAUUGGUUUAUACGUGAUUGCAGAUAGCGUCGUGCAGCUGUAGCUAAUAUUAUAAUCGGCUAAUAUAUUUACCGAUUGACGGCGUUGUUUUUAUGAAAAUGGGCAAGAAAGUAAGAGAAUACAAGUCUGGCGACUUUAUAUUCGCCAAAGUCAAAGGAUACCCAGCAUGGCCGGCUCGGGUACAAAAACAGAAUGGCAAGAAGUAUUUCGUAUACUUCUAUGGCACUGGGGAGACCGCUAACCUGCCUCCGAACAUGAUAUUCGACUAUGCCGAGAACAAGGACAAGUUCCUGAACAAGUCCGUGAAGCGCAAGGACUUCAACGACGGCGUGAAGCAGAUUGAGCACGACUUUGCCAAUAAUGUGCCUUUGGAAGAAGUCAUCGGAGCGUUGGCGGCGGCGGAACCAGCGCCCGCCGACGACAGCAUGAAUGAGACGGCCAACGACACCGCUGACUCGGCUAUUGACACCACUGCUGCCGAUGAGACCAUGGACGAGACUGCGAACGACGCGCCCGUGGAGGACUCGGACGAUGCAGGCGCGUUGGUCAUAGACGAGGGAAAGCAGAAAGGCCGAAAGUCCUCCGCGAAGCCAGCGGCGACGCCCAAAGCUAAAGAACCCAAGACCCCGCGCGGACGCCCCAAGAAGGAGGAAAAGGAGGAUGACGAAGAGAAGAAAGAUGAGGAGAUUGUUAGCAGGAGCGGCAGGAAGAUCAAACCUGGGAAGAGAUACAUAGACGAGCAGACAGACGACAACGCCACCCUGCCGUCGCCGGCGCCCAAGAAACGCCGCGGGGCGUCGCCUAGCGCGGAGAAAGAUAAGGAGGCGAAAGAAAAACCGCAGGACAGGAAUAUUAAGGCGUACAACACCGUACAACAGUCGGAACUUCGAGAACUGAAGGAACCCUUCAAAAGUGCAGACCCAGAGAAGGAAAAUAUCCUGAUCGCCUACCUACCCUCCGGGCAGUACUGCGGAGUGAAACUCUUCCAGUCCAGGCCUGCUAGUUUCAAGAGCGAAGCCUCGAGGCUACAGUGGGACAAGCAAGCCGCUUCUAAUGCCAUCACGCUCAAGAAACAGCUGGAAAAAGGUCAAAUCACACCGCAGUCGAUAUCGGCGCAGCUCGUCAUGGAUCUGAACCUUACCGACGACGACCGACAAGCGCUGGACAGGGACAGAGAUCUGGAGGUAAAGAAGUCCCGCCUUCACUUCCUGAAGACAGAGAUGAAGCUGAUCGAGCUGGACGCCAAGAUCAAGACCUGUCUCAGCUUGGAGAAGGCUGACACUGAACUCUGUCUCAAGCUCAUUGAUGAGAUCCUUGAGCUGGACCUAGCCGCCCUGAUGCUGCUCAAACACCCGACGUGCAUGGAGACAGUUAAACGCAUGCGCGUGUACGUCGGCAACGCGCCCUCCUGGGAGAUGAGCGAGGCCGAAGCCCUAACCUUCAGCAAGCAGGCGCACCGCAUCCGGAACAAGGCCGACGCACUCUUCAUCACCAUGCGGGACUUGUUCCACGUGCCCGAGGGUGUAUCAUUCUGGGAGCUGUUCAACGAGCGCGUGGCGCAGUUCAAGGCCGCCACGGAGACCCUGCACGCGGACAAGCUGCUCGAGAUGGUCCACGAGCCCAUCGAACUGUCCCAGCCGAUCGCUCACACGAUGAAGGCGGCGGUGGACGCGGCUAACGAACAGGAGGCUGCAGAAUCUGACGACGCUGACAAGAAGAAGAAAGCCACCCCCGCUAAAGGCAAGAAGGCUAACAGCACUCCAUUGAAACAACCCCUCAAACGCGGACGAAAACCGGCACAAGAAGAGAAAGAGAAGGAAAAAGAAGAGGACAAAUCAGAAGAGCCAGACACCAACAAACCUAAUGAAAACAAUAAAGAUGAUUCAGAGCCAAAGGAAAACAAUGAAAAUGAAAAAUCUAACGAAGCAGAGAAGGCAAAUGAUGACGCUGCUGAUAAAGAAGUAGAGAGAGUUAAUGAAAAUUCUGAGAAUCAUGAAAAAGAGGAUGAAGAGAAAGGAGAAGGUGACAGCGAGAAGACUAAUGAUGCAAAAAAGGAAUCUAACUCUAAAGAGAAGACUAAUGAUGCAAAGAAGGAAUCUAACUCUAAAGAGAAGACUAAUGAUGCAAAGAAGGAAUCUAACUCUAAAGAGAAGACUAAUGAUGCAAAAAAGGAAUCUAAUUCUAAAGAGAAAGGUGAUGUUAAUCAAACAAAUGACAAAGAUGAUGAAAUAGAAGAUGAAAAUGACAAUGAAAGCAAAAAGGAGAGUGAAAAAAAUAGCGAUAAGUCUAAAGAUAAUAAAACGAAAGAGAAAGGUAAUGAAGCUAAGAAUGGGAAGGAUAAGCCGAAGCCGGGGGAGAAGAGGAGUAAGAGUGAGAAGGAACCGUCGGUGGAGAAAGAGAAGGUUGAUGACGAGCCUAGGGCCAAGCGAUCGAGAGAGAGCAAGAAGACUGAGCCGCCGCCGCGGUCACCGGCCAAAAGGAAGUCCCGGUCCUAAGCCGCUCACAACUCUAACGGAAUUAUUCUCGCCACUACAGUGGCCACUUGACUGACACCUUUUGCACAAACACCACUCUAUUACAUCUUUACUCCAGACACAGAAUAAAUAAUAGUACUAGGUAUAGUUCGUAGAUUCGUAAGUGAGCCCGGCGGCUAAUCCUAUUGUCUAUUGUUAAGUAAAACCGCACGUGCUACUUACCUGCAAAAAAGGGUCAUCCUUAUUCUAUUCGGCACCUGAGCGCGGGCUAGUCCAACGCUCAAAAAACCAGUGUAGUUGCGCUCUCCGAUAACGCGCCUUUGUUACGCAUCUCGAUGACACAUUUUAGACUGGUUCUGUAGCGUUCGACUCGCCGGCACUCAGUAACCGAAGUACGCAGGUUUUUAUGCAGGUGGGGGUGGCAAGUGGCACGAGCGGUUUUACUUAACAAUAGACAAUAGGAUUAGCUCGGGCUCAGUUACGAACCUACGAACUAUACAGAAGAUCUCUAACAAAACGCGUCUGUUACGAUCAGGACAGAUAUUUCCGCUAGGUGGCGACAGCGCCACGCGCAGCUUAUGGCUAGCCACCAAAAUUGGUGUGGGACGGAUGUACUUGUAGCUACCUGUUGCAAAGCGACGAAAUCGCGAGUGAGCCACGCCUGCUCCAGACUUAAUGUUAGAGCUGUAAUUGACGGGCGUACCGAACCCCGAAAUUGGUCUGGUCCGAGGCCUGUUUGAUCGUGUGUAAGGUGGUACAGUCGCCAUCAGAUAUAUCGGAGCGGUGACGGUGCUCUAAAAUAUCCGAACACGCACUCUAACGCCCUGACAAUAGAAGCGUGUUCAGAUAUUUGUGAGCAACAUGGCCGCUCCGAUGUAUCUGAUGGCGGCUGUACACGGUACGUCAGUUAAGCCGGAUACUCAUUAAGAACCGUAACCGUAACCACACAUUACAUUAUGUUUUUUGGUUACAGUAAAUGUAACGGUUACGGCUCGCUAAUGAGUGUCCAGCUUUAUUCAGUGCCAGCGUUACACGCUACAAGCGUGGCCGAUAACACAGGAGGAACCCACACAACACAUAACACAGGAAAUCGCGGUAGACCCGUUUGUGUAAUCAAAUGUUACGUUCCACGGCAAAAGGUACCUUAUGGCGGCUGGCGCUUACGUCGCAUAGCGCCGCAAUAAUAUUGGAGCGGCGUUAAUAAUAGCGAAAGCGCCAACCGCCAUAAGGUACCUUUACCUGUGGGACGUCACAAAUAUGUGUACAGGAAAAACCGUAUGUGGAGAAAAUAUAUUUAAUAAAUUGAACACUGGGUUUGUGCAAAUGGUGUAUGUGAAACUAAAAUUAUGUAAAAAUUAGAUUUCUUAUUGCUGAAACUUUAUGAAAUUUAUCAGUAAAAUUAUGCUGUUCAUCGAGCUACAUAUAAAAUUGUAAGUCUGGCUAUAUUCAAGUUUUUGUUAUUGUUAAGACCGGUACACACCGGCUGCGUGCGCUAAAAUGUUGGAGCUGUGCACGCAAGCGGUGUGCCGUCUCUCAUAAUGUUCAGUAUAUUACAACGAGCAUGUCUAAGCAAACGCAUCCGGUAUGCGGCCUUGCGUUUGACGCACACGUCUGAAAUUAAAUUGUAUUGACAUAAAGGCGCUGCCACACUUUGGGACAAUGACAACUGAUCAACAUUUUUAUGACUACAUAUUAUAAUAGUUGACGUGCAAUAUCCAUUGUCCUUUACACUAUGUAUAACUUGGAGAACACAAUAGUACUGACAAUUCAUUUUUUUACCCCCUUAUUCAUAAACGUUUACUAAAGUUGACAAGCCGAUAAUAAUCGUUUGUCCCUUUCCAUCAUACCAAUACGUCGGAAAGAGACAAACGAUUAUUAUCGGCUUGUCAACUUUAGUAAACGUUUAUGAAUAAGGGGGUAGAUCUUUAAGUCCGAUGCAUACAUACAUUUGUACGGUGGUAUUCUACUUGUCCAAUUUCUUGGGCCAAUGUGCAUUGCGUCUCACCCUCUCAUUAAGCAAAAUGUGAGACGCAAAUACAAGAUGUUGGACAGAUGGAAAACCAUCUUAAGCAGCUUUUUACUUUUUAGAAUUAUACAAAUAACACCUAAGUUCCUUUUACAAUUAUUAUUUCUAAAGUUUCGAAAAUGAAGAAAAGUUUGAUCAAAUUUGUAUUUGCGUCUCAUAUUUGGCUUACUGAGAGAGGGAGACGCAACGCAAUUUUGAUCGAAUAAUGGAAUGGUGAUAAGUUUGGAUGGAAUACCACCCAAACUUAUCACCAAUUCAUGGUACGACAAUGGUAAUGUUUUAACAAAAAUAAAAGUUGAAUUAUGUUGAAAAAUGCAAAAAAUAACUCGCAUUUUCAGGAAUACUUGGAUUUUUAAAAGUAUUACAGUAUUCCUUUACAAUGUAUUACAAUAUUUCUUAUCACGUCUCUCAUACCAUACAUUUCUUCUUCCCCUAACAUUUUAAUUUACAUAUUAAAUAUUAUAUUAAGAACGGGUUACUCACGUAUUUUAAGUUGAAAAAAGAUCGACAUGUUUCACUUCGUACCCGUUCGUCACCAUAAGCGCAAGCUCCUGAUGACACUUCUCGGUACGGAGUGAAACAUGUCGAUCGUUUUUCAACUUAAAAUACUUAAUAAUAUGUCUGUGUCUCACGGAUGUUUUGUUAUUCACAUUUUAAUUUACAAUUCUGAACAAGUAUAAUUUAGUGUUAAAUUGAACAUAUAAGUAGAAGUACACACGAUAAAUGUUAGCAGACAAUUUUAUAUAAUAAGACACUGUGACGAAACUGACUUUAUAAUGACUGAUGUAUUGAACUAAUCUCGGAGUAAUUAACAAUGGAGCCGCCAUUAACAGGCGUUCCCCUCUGUCGAAAAUAGGCGGCCAAUGGUCAACCAUAUGUAUGGACUGACGUUUAUCUGACAUGACGUACCUAUACAUUUGAUGUGCCCCUCCCCCGCAAAAAACGGCAGACUAUUUUGUACCGAAAAUUUUAGACAUGGCGUCUCCGUUGGUUAUAAGGAACUAAUAGAUCAGCAUUGAUCAAACAGUAAUAAAAUUAAUUUGUGUAAUUCUUGUACGGAGAGGCCAAGGCGCUCAAUAAGCGUCUAGUGCGUGUUCAGAUAUUUUUCCUAUAUAUCUAAAGGUGGCCACUGACGAGCGUUCCAACAGUCCAAAUUGCGUGGCUGCAUUCCAAAAUCGGUCCGUGAAUGUCAAAAACGUACAAUGUUUAAUAUUAGGAUGCCGUCCAUUUGGAUGAAUCCAUUGUAACGGCGUCCAUUUGGAAGGCUCGUCUCUGUCAGUUCUAAACUCACUUUUAUCAAGCAGUUACGACUGCGAUGCUUAUCAUACAUACAUACAUACAAUUCAUCUGAAUGUCACAUAAAAUGCAUGUUGUAAAUAUUCUAUGUAAUUUACUCAAUUUUGAGUAUAUGUUUUUUAACGGUAAUACAAUAUGUACUGCUUUUGAUUUUUGGGACCAGUCCUUUCACUAAUUUUCACACAUAAGUAGGCUGCACUGCACACCUGUUUUCAAGCGUCCAUUGGCUACUGUGUUCGCUAAUCAUAAGACAGGACGCUUGUGCCAUCAUUUAGAAAAUGACUGUUUACAAGAAGCAAAUUUAAUUCUAGGUUAGUUUGUAAAUUUCUAGUAAACUAUACUAAGUUAGAUAUAUCUAAGCCUGAUUUGAACUGGGAUAAGGAUUUAAUCUGAGAUUAAAUAAAACUCUUGAAAUAAAACUUAUUCUUCGUAUUAAAACUAAGGCGGACCCUCGCGCAUACUGGCCCCUAUUUCACCAACUCGGAGUAAUUAACAAUGGAACCGCCAUUAACAGGCGUUCCCCUCUGUCGAAAAUAGGCGGCCAAUGGUCAACCUCAUGUCAACCAUAUGUAUGGACUGACGUUUAUCUGACAUGACGUACCUAUACAUUUGAUGUGCCCCUACCCCGCAAAAAACGGCAGACAAUUUUGUACCGAAAAUUUUAGACAUGGCGUCUCCGUUGGUUAUAUCCUCCAAGUUCACCAACGUGACUGGUGCGACAAUUCGACAAGUCUCAUUGUUGCUGACAUCACAGGCAUCCUAAGCUACGGUUGUCGCUUAUCAUCGGGCGGGCCGUAUUCCUGUUUGUCACCAUCAUUGCAUUAUUUAAAAAAACUUUAUUAUAUCGGCAACAAACAGUUAUUUCUCUUGUGAUGUUUAUGAUGAUAAUGAUGACAAUUGUCACAAGAUUUCAAAGAACUUUCGGUAAUUCUUGACAGCAAAUGAGUUCUGUGUCUAAUUUCGUGACAAUUGUCGUAUUUCUUGUGACAAUUGUCAUUAGCUUCGCAAAAUAAAUACUUAUUUACUGGCGAUAGAGUGGAGUUUUUUUUAAAUUAACAUGUUGGUGGCAAACAACUACACCGCCCGUCUGAUGGUAAGCGGUUACCGUAGCCUAUGGAGGCCUGUGACGUCAGUAACAGUGAUGUCGACAUAUGCGACAUUUGUCACGUUGGUGAAAUAGGGCCUUGGACGUUACAUUUUAUAUAAAUUUACGUCUUUGAUUUUUUUUAUAUUAAACUAAAUAUACUGAUUUAAGUCCAUUUACAAGUGUGUAAUAGCGGAUUCUUGACAAGAAUAUAUGAUUUCAAAU